CCGGGCCGGGCCGGUCGCAGUGUCCGCCCGCGGCGUUGCCGGCGAGGAGGCUUCGCUGCCCGGAGAGGGUCGCGCUUGGUGUUUGUGUCAAGACUUUCUCUCCUUUCUUCCCGCCUGCAGCCCUAGACAUGGCCGGGGCGCCGCGGGAGGAGCUGCUCUCCUUCCACGCCUUCCAGACCAGCUGCCCCGCCGGUUACGAGUACGGGUACGGCGGCGGCCUGGCCGGCCUGCGGGAGCGCGAGUUGCCCCGGCUCCGAGGUAUUACUUACCUUGACCAUGCUGGUUCAGCACUUUUCCCCGAGAGUCUACUUAAAGCUUUUACUGAUGACCUCAGAAACAACAUUUAUGGCAACCCUCACAGUCAGAAUAUCAGCAGCAAACUGACAUAUGACACAAUUGAGCAUGUCCGAUACAGAAUAUUGCAACACUUUAACACUACUGCUGAAGAUUACACCAUCAUUUUCACAUCUGGAUGCACAGCUGCACUUAAACUGGUAGCAGAAGCAUUCCCUUGGAUACCUGAAGGCACAAAGCAACCCAGCAGUCGAUUCUGUUACCUAACUGACAGCCACACAUCUGUGGUGGGCAUGAGGGGGAUAACUGCCUCAAUGAAUGUCUUAUCUGUUCCAAUAAAACCAAAGGAAAUCUUGCUAUCAGAAAAAAACAGGUUAUCAGCUGAAGAACAAAACUGUACAACACCUCAUCUGUUCUCUUAUCCAGCUCAGAGCAAUUUUUCUGGUACCAAAUAUCCCCUUUCAUGGAUACAGGACAUAAAAUCUAGAAAACUUUGUCCCAUCAAAAUACCAGGGAAGUGGUUUGUUCUACUAGAUGCAGCUUCGUAUGUGAGCAGUUCUCCAUUAGACUUGGGAGUUCACCAAGCUGACUUCAUCUCCAUCUCAUUCUAUAAAAUCUUUGGAUUCCCAACUGGUUUAGGAGCACUACUAGUAAACAAUCGGAUUGCCCCCUUCUUGAGGAAAACCUAUUUUGGAGGUGGAACUGCAGCUGCCUACCUUGCAGAAGAGAAUUUUUAUUUCCCAAGGAAAUCUAUAGCAGAAAGGUUUGAAGAUGGCACAGUCUCUUUUCUUGAUAUCAUUGCUUUGAAACAUGGAUUUGAUGUUCUGGAAAAACUCACAGGUGGAAUGGAGAAAAUAAAGCAGCAUACUUUUACAUUAGCUCACUACACAUAUACCGUGCUGUCCACCUUAAAAUAUGCCAAUGGGGCUCCUGUAGUACGUAUUUACAGUGAUACAGACUUCAGCAAUCCUGAUGUCCAGGGACCGAUCAUCAAUUUUAACGUUCUUGAUGAAAAUGGAGAAGUGGUUGGCUUUUCACAGGUGGACAAGAUGGCCAGCCUCUACAACAUACAUGUCCGCACAGGUUGCUUCUGUAAUACAGGAGCCUGCCAGAUUCAUUUGGGGAUGAGCAAUGAGGACAUUCAGAGGAACUUGCAGGCUGGCCACGUCUGUGGAGAUGAUGUAGACCUCGUUGAUGGACGUCCCACUGGUUCUGUGAGAAUAUCCUUUGGCUACAUGUCUUCUUUUGAAGAUGCACAGACUUUUUUGAAAUUCAUCAUAGCCACCAGACUCUCCAAGUCAGACAGUGAGAUUCCCUUCCCAUCGUCUGUUACAAAGCUGAUGACAGAGACUGUCCCAGAUGACCACCCUUCCUUUAACAACGCAGAUAAAUUGUCUCCAAUACCAGAGAUCUCGGAGAGAGAACUCAGGAAUAAUUCAUCUGUGACAAAGACGACUGUCAACUGGCAGCCACUGGAGGCUGAGGCAGAAAGCAUAAGGGCAGCUGUUUCUGAGACUGCAGUGCCACCAUACAGAAAAGGGGAAAAGCCCAUCACUGUCACCAACAUUUACCUCUACCCAAUCAAAUCCUGCUCUGCAUUUGAGGUUACGGAAUGGCCAGUGGGAAACCAGGGUUUGCUGUUUGACCGUAACUGGAUGGUUGUAAAUCAGAAUGGAGUGUGCAUAACUCAGAAGCAGGAACCAAAGUUGUGUCUUGUAAAUCCUUCAAUUGACCUGAACAAAAAGGUCAUGGUCAUACACGCAGAAGGCAUGGACCCAAUAUCUGUAUCACUAGAAGACAACACUGGAAAAGAGACUGUGAUCUGUGAGAGUAAAGUCUGUUCACACAGGGUAAAAACAUACGACUGUGGAGAAAGAACUGCUGGCUGGUUCUCUUUGUUUCUUCGUCGUCCAUGUCGCUUGAUAAGACAAAGUUCAGAUGUAAAAAACAAGUCGCAUCAGAAAAAUACAAAAGGUCUGGCACCUGCAACAAACAUCUCACUCUCUCUUGUGAAUGAAGCACAGUAUCUCCUGAUAAAUGUUGCAAGCAUUCUGCAGCUGAAAGAACAUAUUUCUGCAAGAUUGGAAGAGCCAUUGGAAUUAGAGGAAUUAAUCCGACGUUUCCGUGCUAACAUUGUCAUCAGUGCACCAGAGUCCUUUGAAGAGGAAGAGUGGGCUGAGAUUUCAAUAGGUGCUCUGCGAUUCCAGGUUGUAGGUCCAUGUAGCAGAUGUCAAAUAAUCUGCAUUGAUCAACAGUCUGGGGAACGAAACAAAGAAUUUCUGCAGUUUCUGUCUGCUACCAGAGGCAGAAAGACAAACUUUGGCAUAUAUCUGAUGAACCAGCCCUUGCACUCAUCCUUUCCAGAUAUUUUAUCAGUUGGGUCUCAAGUACUUCCAGUGCUGAAGGAGAAUACAGAAAUUCAGCCCCCGACAUCUGGUGAAGAAAAAUGUUCAGGAUAGGUUCUCUGGUGGACAUGAGAUUGGUAUGAAACGCCAGGGAAAAGUCAGUAGUUGGUAAUUCAAAAAAGCAGGAAAAGCAUCCACUCAUUUGCUUCUGGUUUAAGUCUUGUAAUUUUCUGUUUGCUGGAAAUGUUAUCAGAUGGCAGAAGUCUUGAUAAUUAUAGCUCACCUACAUGUUUUUGCUUGUGAUUAGGUUACAGCAGCCAUAACUUGAUUUUGCUCAAUUGCUUCAGGAUGCAACAGGUUUGAUCAAGUUUUACUGGUAGAUGACUCCCAAAACAAGCCCAAGAUCGUUGUCAGAAACCCACAUCUCAAUGAAGGAAAGUAAACACAACAAUGCACUACUUCCUUCUGUUGCUUUGUUAAAACCACAACUGGGAGAGAGGAUGCAGGAUGUGUUUUAGAAACAGUGUGGGUGGGAAGGGAACAGUGGGAGAGUGGCAUGAGAGUAGCAGUCCAUUCGUCUUUUCAGAAAUGGAAUUAAAGGUGAUAUGUGGACAGUCUGAAAGCACUGGAGAAGAGGCAACUGUUAUGGAGAAAUCUGUGUCUCCCUCUUCCGAAGCGGUGUGUGAGGAUGCCAGAAAGCCAUGAAGAUCAGUGAAGAUCCAGUAUGCCAUCUACAUAACACAUUCCCUAUGAAGCAAUUUUAUCCAUUUGUCCUCAACUUCUUUCUCUUGUUCCUGUUCGCUACUUUCCCAUUGAAUUUAUUUUAUGUGAUGACUUCCCACAUGCUUGUUUCCUUCCAUAUUUGUGGAUGAUGACACAUUUUUCCUAAUUAGAGAUUUUUCAACUAAUACAGUCAUGUUUUCUAUACAAACUUUGUGUAGAUGGCCUCUGAUGGUCACUUCAUGGAAUUCUUGAAAGUUAUGAUGCUUCUCCAUGCCAAACGGGUCAAAGUAUUCUUUUUUCUUAUUCUUUGCAUUUGGUAAUGUCCUUCUUAGAAAGCUUUUGAGUUCUUUACUCUGCUAAAUACUGUGCAUGCUUUCUGAUUUCUGAGAGCAGAUGCCUGAAACCUAGUCUGAAAUAUCAAUUCUGAAUAUUGUGAAAAUUUAAAAAAAUAAAGCAAGCCACAUGGGGUGGGGGAGGACCAAAACCCACAGCACUCACACAUGGAACAGUGUAAGGCAAGACUGAACACACUGAGGCCAGGUGUUCUGUGACCCCCAAAGUGUGUCCAGCCAACCACAGGGCGAUUUCAUGCUUGCAGGAAGUCCUUCUGGAAGAGGUAAUUCCCUUCAAUUGGCUGUUCCUACUGCCAUUUCAGAUGUGAAAUCUUGACCCCAUUAAAAGCACCGUCAUAACGCUCAUCCAGCAUGAUUUAGGUCUUCCUUGGGGCAAUUUUGGCUUAAACUGUGUGAAAGUGCUUCUGGCUGAAGCAAUCCAUUACUUAUUUGAGGAUAUCCCUGGGAGGCAGCAGGCAGCUUUGUGAAAGAACUGGUCAAAGAGUCAUUCUGAAAGGGGAGCAGCCUACAGUGGGAAAAAGGAAACACAUCAGGCAGCCUGCCAAUCACAAUGCAAAGAUGAUCUUUCUUCUUUACCUUCCCUUCCCUUCUUUUUUUUUUUUAAACUGGUUUCUUCUUUCUUUUUUUUCCUUUUUUUUUUUAAUUCUUUUGAAGAACUGGUUUUACUCACUUCAGCUGGUACAGACUCAUACUUGUCUCUCAGCACAGCUUUGUAAUGGAAAUGAGAAGAGACAUUAUCUGUUUCUUACAACCGGCCAUAAAAUACAUGGAAAGAGAGCGGUGUUUCAUAUGUAUGUAAACUGAAAAUCAGUUUUGAGAGUUGAGCCUUCCGCUUCAGAACCCAUGCACUGGUCCUUGAUGUCUGCUUUGAAAAGCAGGGAUUUUAUCUGUCUAAUAGUCAAUUAUCUGAUGUUGUAAUGAGCUGGCUUUUUGGAACCUUGAAGAGCAGUUUCCUGGUAUCUAAAUCUCUCUUAACUGUUUAAUUCUUUGCCUUUCUGUUAUGCAGAACAUUGUUUUGUUGGAUAGAAAGCCAGCACAGCUCUGGCAAAUUUAAUAUGAAGAGACCUGCUGUAUGCUGACCUUCAGGUGAUCUCUGGGGCUUUGUUCUGUGCCCUUCACCUCACCAGUAUGUCAUCUGUUCAAAAUUGCACAGAAGUUAGAAAAGGAAAUUGAAAGCAAUCCUCAGCAAGCUCUGUUUCACUUGUUACUGGAUUUACUGCAAAAUAAGUCACUUUGGUACACAGUGGCUUAACAAAUACUGUUUGUGAACAGCCUUAAUGCAAUGUAUGAUAACUAAGGAUGAGAGGAUUUGAACUUUAAAAAUGUCAUGCUUGGUCAUUUUGACCUAUUAUUUACAGGCAAUUACACUUUCUCUCUGCUGUGGCUUAGUAAUAUUAGAUCAAAAAUAAUUUUGUCAUUUUACAGCGGGGGUGGGGGAAAAAACUUUUCUCUGAUAUAUGAACAUUCUGAUUAGUAUAUUCUGUGCAUUUCCCAGAAGGAACAUCCUUGUGCUACAGUGAUAAGAAGUGUCACAACUCUUCAGGUUGAUGGAAGACACAUAAGGAAUCUUUCAUCUCAACAAAGGAUAGUAUUUCCUGUCUAGUAAGUGGAGUGUUCAGUAUUGAUGUGUUCUACUAUCAAUGAACACAAAUUCUUCUCAGUGCCAAAACUCUGUGGAAAAUCUUGAAGUAGGAAUAGUCACUUUUAAAUGACACGUGCUGUAAGUGUGUAGAAGGAACAUCCCUCCGAUAAUGUGAAAAAAAAAAAUAAAAAUGGAAGAAAGAAGAACUUAGCAUAGUACAAACCCAGGUACUGCAGGAAUGAAAAGGGCUUUGAAACACUUUGAAACACUGUAUAUAUUACAUAGAAAGAUUAUGUGCUCUAUAAGAUGUGACUUCUCAAUCUUCAGAAUAUAUAGAAAAAAGACCCUUUCCUCUGAAUGAGGGCUCUUUCAUCUAAGUACUCCUGUUGGUGCAAAAUUACAUCUUUGGACUAAUUGCAGAUCUAUGUUUACCUUAUAUGGAAAAGAAAUGUACUUAAUACAGUAUUUCAAGAGUGCUGUAUUUGGAAAGUCCUCUAUAUAUUUGAAAAUUAAGUCCAUAUUUCCUUGUGAUGAAUUAUUCAGACACAUUCAGUUUUCUGUGGGACUUAACUGCUUCUCAAAUCUCAACGCAAAACCAGUGAUUAUUACAAGCUGUAAUAAUAGCCAGGAGGCUGAAAUCACAGAACAGAAAUCAGCAUUUUUAGGAGAAGCCUCUGAACUCUGUGUUCUCUUAUAUGACUAAGAUGUUUCAGAUACAGUUUAUGAUUUAUGUACUUUCAGUGGUAUCCUUGAAAACAUGGUCAAAAUGUUAAGUCGCCCUCUUUAAAAAUUAUACACAAAUCAAAAGGAGGAACUGCAUAAAAAUGUGAUUGUUGUUCAUAAAUUCUAGAGAUUAUUCUAUGCAUUUCUUCUUCAGUCUGGUUUUUAACUGUCUUGGAAAUGAAACCAAUAAAAUAGAUAUUGUGCCUGACA